AUGUCAUUUCCACCGGUUGUAAUCUCUUCACUCUUCUCUCAUAUUGAGAGGUGCAGUGACAGGUGCAUCCGUGACACAAUACUUGACAGAAUAAUCAAAGUUUUAUGACGGGAGGAACGAGACGGAAAGGAAAUGUACAUGAUGAGGAAAAAUGAGAUGAGAAUGAAUGAGACGGUGCAAAAUGGGACAAGGCGGAAACGAGAAGGAAUAAACAGGACGGGACAUAACGAGGCCAAAAUUAUACCCGACAAGGCAGAACGAGACGGGAAGAAAGGGAUGGGGCAAUACGAGACGGGAAAAAACAGAACGAGGAGGAACGGGGAGGGAAAUAGGACAGGGAGGAACGAGAUGGGAAAUAGAACGGGAUAG